AUGAAAAGGUCUAUAGUUAAUUGUUUUGUACAGUUUUUGUGUUUAGUUAUAGUGUUCCAAGUUGCUUACACGUUAGGUAAAGAAUGCGGCGACCCACAAUGCAAAAGUGUAAUAGCUCUAGGCAGGGCAGUCAUGAACUUUCGGGGCGGUGGUGGGCAAAAAGUAAAUCUGGAACAAAAUGAAUCGCUUGAAAUUUUGGCGAAAAAUGUCGGCAAGGAUAAAGAUUUCUUUGUGCGAACGUCCAAAGGCAAGGAGGGCUUAGCUGCUAAGCAAUUUAUACAAGAAAGUUCGAUCGUGAUAAAAAAAGCCGACAGACUUUGGUUUAAGGAUGACAUACCUCGAGUAGAUCUUGAUCCUAUCAAAUCAACGCCAUCGACAGUUUCUGGCAAUGGUGUCGAACAAGAGAUAGUAGUGGAUGGAGCAGUGUUAACAAAUGAUGUACCGAAUAGCUUAACGCCAAAAGUUCCUAUAGAAAAUGCGCAUGCUAACGCCGAACCAAUACCAUCUUUGGAAGUUGUUCCAAAUUCGCAAGCUCCCAAGGGUGAAGAAACGAAUGAGCAAUAUGUUGCUGAUGAUGAGAAUGGCAAAGAAGAAAAUAUUGAAUCUGGAGAAGAAUUGAACAAUGAAGAGGAAUACGAUGACGAAGAAGCAGAAGAUAUCAGCGACGAAGAUGAAGACGAAAUCCAAGAAGAUCAAAGCGAGGAAACAAAACUCAUGAAGAAAGUUGAUUUUAUUACUCAUCAUAAUGAUACAGCGAAAGACUUUACCCAAAAAGAGCAAGCCGGAGAUAGCUCUAGGAUGACCAAAUCUUCCGUAUUGGUUAAUGAUGAAACAGCUGCAUCGGCUGCAAUAUAUCCUGACAUUUUUGAAACAGUUACUCCCGUGGAAACAACUGCUGAUAAUAUAAAUCCGGUAACAAUUGAACCUGCACUUAACACUUUGGAGACAGUUGCAAGUUCUGACAAUCAGCCUACUCAUCCUAGUCGUAUCCUUGCUGGUGGUUUAGGCAAUAUUCUUGCUCAUGGCCAUCUUCAUCAUCAUGGUCAUCAUCAUCAUCAUCAUGGUAGUCAUUCACAUCAUGACCAUGCAAAUGAUAAUCACCAUUACGCUACCCAGGAUAAACAAACCACACCUGAAGUUGAUCCAGUCAUGUCGAAUGCUCAAUCAGAUGAUGAUAAACAUCUACGACAUGUAGUAGAACAAGCAAAACCAGAUCAAGAUGAUAAAGAUUCUUUAAAUAAAGACGCUGAUUUAGUCGAACUGAGUACACCUCUAACGCCGGUUGAACACGAGCCUACUGGUUUCAAUGAUAAAGUGCUUAUGGAUAACGAAUAUUGUGAGAAUGACGUAACCGAUUGUUCCCCAAUCGCAGCAUUUGUUCCACCGUCGAUACAGCAUUCAAACGGCGAUGCGGAUUAUAUGAAUUCACUAGCGAAACAUCCGAUGGAAGAAACUGUCAAAAGAAAUGGAGGUGGUAUUGAGGAGCUUCAAGAUGAUGGCAACAAACAGCAAGAUUUUCUAAGCUUUGAACAACAGCCCAUUGGAUACUAUUUAGAAGUGUUUGUACAAGAAGCAUUAAGAUUGAGCGAUCUUAUUUUAAUGUUAAUGAUCACUUCAUUUACCUUGCUGAUGUUUUCUCUCGGGCAUUACUUAAUCAACAAAAAUCGGCAAGACAAACGUUUAAUAUAUAAUCUAAAUUUGGCUGAACGUGACUUGAUGACAUCUUACAAAGAAAUCACGUUGCUAAAAAAUGAGCUUCAGGAUACGAAGCAUAAACUCGUAAGCAUUGAAAAUAAUUCGUUUGGUUCUAACGAUAUGGUGAUGGCACUUAAAGCUGAAUUAGAAACUGCCGAGCAAGUAAAAUUAGAGAUGCAGGAUCAAAUUUCGGGUCUGGAGAAGGAACUUGAAAAUGCAGCCGAAGCUGGGCUAGAGUUGAAUAAAAUGGUAGCGGAGUUAUUGAAUCAAAACGGUAGCAACUCGAUUGCAUUAAGCGUCGAAGAACUUCAGCGACAACUGAAUGAGCAACAGCAAACAAUACUCUCAAUGAAUGUUUCGCUUGCAGAAAAAAGUCGUGAAAACAGUCAACUACAAAUUAAUUUAUCCAAUCAGGCGAGUAAAUUUAAAGAUCGCCUAGAAGAUAUGGAACGAGCAAACACCGAGCUGAUUGAACAUCGCUCACAGCUUCAACAACAAAUAGAUCAGUUAAAACAUGAGAAGUUGACUAGCUUGAAUAAUCUACGCCAAGAAACCAGUGUUGAAAUUGAACGACUUACAAAAGAAGUAAAAAUUUUCCAGGGUAAAGCAGAUGAAGGUCGUAAAGCAUUUGCAGUGGCUCAAGCCAAAUGUGAGGCGUUAGAGCAGUGCCUGAAAGAAAGCAAAACCGUAACCGGAACUUCCGGAAUGCAAAUAAUUGAUUCGAUUGAAUUGAAAACUCAAAUUGCACUCAUAACAAAAGAAAAAACUGAUAUCCAAGAUAAACUACAAGGGGAAAUUAUUGCACGUCAGCUUGUAGAAGACCAUAUGAAAAUGGUUAAUGAAGAAAUAUCUACGCUUAAACGAGAUUUCAGCACGAUAGAAAAGGAUAAACUCGAAGCGGAAACAAGGCUUCAAGUGCUGUCGUCCUAUUUCAAGGACAAAGAAACCCAACUACAAAAAGAGUUGAGCGUGAAGGAAGCCAUGUGGAUGCAACAACAAGGUGAAACCACCUCAACAGUAGAGAAGAUACGGCACAUGCAAGAUGAAAUUCAGCAAUUAAAAUCACAAAACGAUAAGCUUCGUGCCGAAAUUGAAGCUCAAGCUACUGCUCACAAGGCUCAAUAUACAACACUUGAAACCCGGUCUCACGAUGCUUGGCUUGCAGCUCGCCAAGCGGAACGACGCUUGGAAGAAGCACGUAGUGAAUCUAGUGCGUUACGGCGUAAGCUUACAGCUCUGGGUGAAAUUUCAACUACCAGCGAUGGUUUACCGAAUGCAUCCAUCACACAAACUGAUCUCGGUUUAACUGCCCCAUCUCCUAUCCGUGUCGAGUCGCCAAAUGUUUCUUCAUUAUUGGGCGUACUACCACCUCCUCGAUUCAUGCCGCCUUUUAUGCCUGGCCCUCCUCCUCCAUUUAUGACACCUUUCAUGCCACCUCCUCAUGGGCCAGGAGAAAUGAGACCACCCCCACUUGGACGGCUUAUGUCACCACCUCCUCCACCAAACAACCGAUAUUCUCCUAACAGCAUAAUCGAUACUCGAGGUCGCUACAGUCCCGAUCGGGGCCGGUAUUCUCCAGACAGCCGAUACGACUAUUCCGUUAUGUCUACGUAUGAAACUGAGAAUGAUUUCAGUCCUCCACCGUCGCCACCGCACCAUUCGCGUCACGCAAACUAUGAUCGAGAUCGAGAUCGAGAUCGAAAUCGUGUCAAUGAUCGCGAAAGACCUCAUAGAGAAGGACGUAGUAGUGGAGGAUAUUCGAGGGACUUUACUCCAACUGGUAUGCGUACUUCUCCACCGAUACAGGAUCCGAGGAAUAAAAAAUAUGCAGGAGACUUCAGUUCCGGCUCGCAGGACUCAUUAGGAACUCGAAAAAGUUCAGGAAAAUAUAAAACAACUGGCAAGUCACCGUCAUAGGCAAAAGGAUUCUUGAAAAGAAAAAAACGAUUAAACAUGCCUUUAUUGCAGCAUCGCAUUCAAAAAAAUCGCGUUUUACUUAUAAGGUGUUACUCUGAAAACUAGCCCAUAGAAGCAAACAUGUGUGUGAAAAUGUGGUAAAAAUGUUUGAGUUCAUCAGAUACAUGAAAACAUUGAAAGCAGACAAAUAAACUGAGCUCAAAAGUGAAACUGGAAAAGUAUAAAAAUAAAAAAAUCUCGAUUGUUACAGUUCCUUGUUUCUAGUACAUCCGACGGUUGUCGAAAAUGGAAAAUAAAGUUUGCUGAUGUGUGGUGAUGGU